CGGUCCUAAAAAACAACAACGAGAUCUGCCACACAUCACCCGUCCUCCAUCGAUCAACGAUCAACUGAGCAGCAGAGUAGAGGGAGUGACCGGCGACGACGAUGCCGGGAGCCGUGAAGGUGUUCGGGUCGCCGACGUCGUCGGAGGUCGCCCGCGUCCUGACGUGCCUCUUCGAGAAGGAUGUCGAGUUCCAGCUCAUCCGUGUCGACUCCUUCCGCGGCCCCAACCGCAUGCCCCAGUACCUCAAGCUGCAGCCGCACGGCGAGGCGCUCACCUUCGAGGACGGCAACGUCACCCUCGUUGAGUCGAGGAAGAUCCUGAGGCACAUCGCCGACAAGUACAAGAGGCAGGGGAACCCGGACCUGAUCGGGAUGGGGGCGCUGGAGCGCUCGUCCAUCGAGCAGUGGCUGCAGACGGAGGCGCAGAGCUUCGACGUGCCCAGCGCCGACAUGAUCUACAGCCUCGCCUACCUGCCGCGCACCAUGCCGCUCGACGGCAGAAAGGACGGCGGCGCCGGCGCCGGCCGCGACUCUGCCAGGCAGCAGCAGCAGCAGCAGCGGGACAUUAUGAUGAGUCCGGCCCACAUGCAGAAGGUGGAGGAGAUGAAGCAGCUGUUCGAGAAGAGCAGCAGGGAUCUGAGCAAGGUGCUGGACAUCUACGACCAGCGGCUUGAGGAGGCCGAGUACCUCGCCGGCGACAAGUUCACCCUCGCCGACCUCUCCCACAUGCCCAACGCCGACCGCCUCGCCUCCGACGAGCGCACUGCCCGCCUCAUCCAGUCCCGCAGGAACGUCAGCCGCUGGUGGACUGCCGUCUCGAGCCGCGGGUCCUGGGUGUACGUCAAGAGCCUGCAGCGCCCGUCGUCCGCCGAGGCGCCAUUCUGAUCUCCAUGCGCGAUCGCCGUCGAGAAGGUGCUGCCCACAGCUCCAUCAACACCAUAUCCGUGGCAUUUCCGUUCCUGCGCUUCACAGUUUCGAUUGAUAUCUUUGCCCUUUCCGUUGUUCUGAAUAAUCUCGUAUACGUUGCGUUCUUCUUCAUCGGCAUGGGUGUUUCGCCCCUGCCUUCCUGCUGUUGCCGUCGAAAGAUCAUUUGAAUCGUGUAAUAAUAAGCGUAAUAAAAUGCUUUCCCCUGUCU